GACACAACCCUAAAACAUGGUCGUCUUCUCGGAGCCGCAAAGAUAUCUACAGAACAUAGUUUGAUCAUUUCCCGACAUCUGCGGCAAUGGGUAAGGGAACAGGGAGCUUUGGUAAGAGGAGGAACAAGUCGCACACGCUGUGUGUCAGAUGUGGUCGCCGGAGUUUCCACAUCCAGAAGAGUCGUUGUUCAGCCUGUGCUUAUCCAGCUGCUCGGAAGAGGACAUAUAACUGGAGCAUCAAGGCAAUUAGAAGAAAGACAACAGGAACUGGUAGGAUGAGGUAUCUCCGCAAUGUCCCUCGCAGGUUCAAGACCUGCUUUAGAGAAGGUACCCAAGCCACCCCAAGAAACAAGUCUGCAGCUGCUUCUUCCUAGGCAUUGUUUAGUUUUGUUUUUGCCAUUUGUUUCUUGCUUUGCUUCUGAUGUAGCUUUUUAAAUUCGUUCUUAGAGGAGAAACUACUUGUUUUUUUCGCUCUUGUACUUUAUCGUCUGCUAUUCUAUACCCA